UCCAAGACGUGCUCUCCUUAUUUUCUCUCUCCUCCCAAAUUCCAAUCAAAUUAAUCAUUUAAAAUUAAAAAAAAAACACAAAAAUGCAUGCAAAAACAGACUCCGAUACAACAAGUUUACCCGGAUCAUCUCCGACUAGAUCACCUCCGCGUCGGGCCGGGUCCGGGUCAGGACAUGGGCCAGUCUAUUACGUGCAAAGCCCAUCAAGGGAUUCAACCUCUCAUGAUGGUGAAAAGACUACAAAUUCUUUCCAUUCAACUCCGGUGAUAAGCCCAAUGGGCUCACCACCUCAUUCUCAUUCCAACUCUUCAUUGGGCCCACAUUCAAGGGAGUCUUCGUCGACCCGAUUUUCCGGGUCGGCGAAGCCCAAGAAUAAACGUGGAGGAAGGAAUAAGAGUAGAAAUAAUGAUGCACAUCAACACCCAUUUGAUGCAAUUGAAGAGGAAGGUCUUUUGGGUGGAGAAGAUGAGGAUGGUGAAAGAAGUAUACCUCGAAAGUGUUGGUAUUUUAUUUGGUUUGUUGUUGCGUUUUUUGUGCUCUUUUCUUUCUUUUCCUUGGUUUUGUGGGGUGCUAGUCGUAAUCAAAAGCCCGUUAUUACUAUGAAGAGUAUAAAAUUUGAGCAAUUUGAUGUACAAGCGGGGCAAGAUAAUUCAGGAGUACCAACAGGGUUGGCAACCGUGAAUGCAACAGUGAAGUUUAGGUUCAGAAAUACAGGCACUUUUUUUGGUGUUCAUGUCAUUUCAACCCCUCUACAACUUUCUUAUGAGGAACUCGUCUUAGCAUCUGGGACGAUGGAAUAUUUUUAUCAGAGGAGAAAGAGUCAAAAGCAGAUAACAGUGCAAGUGAAGGGAGACAGUGUCCCUUUAUAUGGGGGAGGGUACAGCAUAAGCAGUAAUAAUAAGGCAGGAGUAAUUUCAGUAGUGCCAUUAACUCUAAACUUUAGGGUCAGAUCCAGAGCAUAUGUCUUAGGCAGAUUGGUUAAGCCAAAGUUUUACAAGGGAAUUAACUGUAUUGUGGUUAUGAAUCCAAAGAAGAUGAACGUGGCCACGUCUCUCAAACAUAAUUGCACUUACACAUAGUCACAUAGGCUGGUCUAAAUCUUUAUUAUGGUCUGACCUAAAUGUAUCCCGUAACUAUUUUUUGAUUGCAUUAUAUAUCAACCAAACUUUCUGCA